AUGACCGCAACCUCCGAACUCAGAGACGAGUACAACCUCCAGGAGGCGUGGGAGCACGUGUGCCGCUCGUUCGCGCAGACCAUCAAGGCGGACCUGACGACCGCGCCCAAGUACACUAUCGAGGAGGACCUCGAAAGGAGCGCCAAAUACAAACAAGGGAAGGCUGUGAUCGACAAGACGCUGGCGUUCGUGAAGGUUAUGGACGGUAUUGUUGCGCAGGGCGCGAGCAUGGUGUUCGCGCCCAGUAGUCUCUGUUUCAACAACGCUAUCGCCUACCUGAUUGAUACCGGGGCCAUGUACAAGCGCGUCUUUAGCAGCCUGGCUGAGCUGCUCCGGAAGAUCUGUGACCUGCUGGACCGCAUGCAGAUCUACAUGCGCCUACAGAGCGACGCGGUGGAUGUCGUCCUGCGGAAGAUCCCCAACGAGCAAUUGCUGCUUUUGCCUUCAGUGGCGAUGAAGGGGUCAGCGCGCAGUUGGCUCGGCUGGCGACCCUCGGCGAGCGCGAAUCCCAGAUGCGCGCAACCCUGGGCUUCUAAUCGCAGAAAGCAAGUGAGUGGCGGAUCAAAGAGAGUUCAGAGGGGACCAAGAUGA